AGAAACACCCCUGACCCUCUGACUGCUACUGAGCUAACAACACUAGAGCUUUAUGAGCUUAUACACAAAGGCUACAUUGACCUCAGCCCCCUGUAUCAGAGAAACCUUGUUUGGAGUAGGGAAAAGCAAAUCAUGUUAAUAGAGUCAAUCCUUAGUAAUUACUAUGUUCCUCCUGUACUGUUUUGCAUCCAGCCUGAUUCAGAC